AUGGAGUCUUCGGUGGAUGAGGAAGAGGAGCAGGAGGAAGACCUGGACCGGUUCCGAGAGCUCAAACUCCAGAUCGAUGUAAUGGAGAAGGCUGAACGAGAGGCAGAGGCCAAACCGACCAGACUCCGCCCCCUGCCCGCCCUCAGACGGAAGAAGGCGCCCCGGACCAUCGCAGCUCCUCUGCAGGUCAGGGCUCCUCCGUGGAACAGUCCAGAGGAGAGACGUCAGGAGGCGCUGCGGGAGCUGAGGGAGAAGGAGGCCGUCCUGGAGCAGAGGAGGAAAAACCAGGAAGAGCUGCAUAACUGGAGGACUCGAGCCAAGAACCCUCAGCUCACAGGACCCCGCGGGAAGAGGCCCGGACGCCAGAGACACGCAGAGGAAGCAGCAGGGAACAGCAGUGAUGCAGGUCCGCAUCAGGCCCACAGCAGCGUGGACUACGAGGAGAGCAGGGCUGUCAAAAAGCUGCAGCAGAAGAUGUACGCUGUGGUCCAGAGGAUGGAGGAGCGACGCAGGGACCCCGCCGCCUCCAGUCAGGAGCUGUUCGGCCCCGCGGACAGAGACGUGAAAGAGAUAAGGAGGUUACAGGCUCAACUGCUCGACGUGAAACGAGGAAGAGGGUUUGCACUUUACUCUGCGCACGCCAGACAGAAAAAGACAUGA